AUGCCCUUCUCGUCCGCGCUCCUGCUCCUCUCCAUCGUGGCUCACGGCUAUUCGCACGCGCCAGCGCUCCCGGCGAGCGUGCCGGUGUGGGCGGUGCCCGAGUCGCUGCGGCUUCCCGGCGCGGCAGCCGUCGAGAGCCACGGGCGACACGUCUCCCUCGAUGCGCUCUUCCCCGGCAGCGGGCUCGCCGACGCGUGGGACGAGCGCGCGAGCCUACGCACUGCCGUGCGGCAGGCGCUGCGGGACGACCUGAUGGCUCCUCUGCUGCGCGGCGUGGGCGGGCCGAAGCGGGCGUGCGCUCUCUCGCUCGGCACGGCGUGCAUGGUGUCGUGGAGCAACGCGCUCGCUGCGCACGCCGAGGGCAAGGUCGACUUUUCCCGCUUCACCGCCGCCUUUGCCGACCACGGGGUCCGGCUGAGCGGCGAGGCGUUUAUUCGCUCGCUCGGCGAGUUGUGCGGGGCGACGCCGCACGGGUCGCUGAUCGACAUCAUCCCGCUCGACCGGCGCGUGGCGCACAGCUGGCACCAGGACUCGGGCCUCCCGCGCGACACCGUCCUGCUCGGCUUCCCGCCGCGAGACGGCUACGAGGGCGGCGGAGUCUUUUCGCACUGCGUGCAGCUCAGCCACCCGCUGCGCCCCUCCGCCGGCGACGAGCACGGCGCGGUGGUCGAGUACGAACGGCUGAGCGACCCGCCGCCCGACCGCAUUGACGACGCCUUUGUGCUGCGGCCGCUCUACUCAAAGGGGCGCGAAGUGUGGGUCAGCAACGACGCGCACCACCUGCACUCCACGCCCGACAGGCAGCUGAGAGAGGCGGUGUGGAGGUUCAUGUGA